AUGUCAUCGUCUUUUCCUGAGAAAGAAAAGAUGGAUGUUCAGGUUGAUUUUCUGACAAGGGAAGAUGUAGUCGUAUUAAACGACGGUGGAGCGAUCAUUGAGAAAGGUUUAAUUUUGCAUGGUUGUAAUCCAUCUGUACGAGUGGGUGAUACUGUUACUGCUUUUAACGAUAAAAAGUUUGAUACGAAUGAAGACUUGACUCAGUUCUUGUUGCAAGCAGUACAGACACGUAUGAAAUUUACCCUUACGGUAAAUCGUCAAAAAGGUGAAACAGAAAUGGACAAUAAAAUUGAUCGUUAUGUAAUUGAACUGAAAAAAGCCAGUAGUGAUGAAUCUUUUGGGAUAAUUCCAGCUGUCGACCAGGAUUGUGUAUUGGUGGAAAAGGUGGAUGGAAUAGCAGCUGAAGCUGGUAUUAAGGAAAAAGAUCACAUUAAACGUAUAAAUGAAGAACCGAUACAAUCAUUGGAGGCAUUUGAAAAUGUUAUCAAAGAGCAGCAGAAAAUUGUUUUAUACAUUUCUCGUGGUUCAAAAAUUAGUAGAAAUAAAGUUGAAUUUACGAAAAAGGUUGUGUGCAUACAUAUCCCAUAUGAAUGUGGGGACGUUUUGGGUAUAACAAUAAAGGAUUUAAUAGUAACUGAUAUACAAAAUGGCUCAAUUGGAGAAGCAAAAUUUGAGCUGCAGGACAAAUUAAUCGAUAUAAAUGGAAUAAAACUUCAAGAUGAUGAGCAACUGUACUAUCUGUUGCAACGAAUGAAUGAGGACUUGGAAAUAAACGUUAUGAGAAAUGUUAUUAAAAAUGAUGAUACUGCGGUAACAGCUGGUAUAUCGGCAUCAGUUACCACUGCCGUUUAUAGAGUUCUUAUUUCACUUUCCAUGGCGCCGUGUGAAGCAUUAGGUGUACGUCCAGACGAGAAUUUGAUGAUUUCUCGUAUUAUGGAUAAGUCGCAUGCCCAGGGUAAAUUCGAACUUGGUGAUGUAAUCAAGAAAUUAAACAGUAUUCCAAUUAAGGAUCGUAACCAAUUUUUCAAAUUGUUCGAGGAUGCUACUGCUGCUGGACGAAUCAUCGUUGAACGUAGUGCUGAACGUGAACUGGAAUUAGAAAAACGACUCUUACCACCAAAUAUUGAAAAAAUAAUCAAAAGGCAUGCUGGAUAUGAUUACAUUAUUGUGAACGUUCACUAUGAUUCCAGUGCAGGUCGUCCGUUUGGGCUAAACAUGGCGAAUGUCACUGCGCAUAAAAUCAUUAUCCCAGAAGUGGCUGAAAAUACAGUAGCCUGCGAUUAUUUCAAAAUUUAUGACCACAUUAUAGCCAUCAAUGGUAAUCCGGUAUCGGAUGUCAAUGUAGCAAAGAAAAUGAUACGUGAAUGCGGCGCAAACUUCCAGGCAAUUAUAGUUAUAGUAGACAUAACUGAACUUGAAUACGACUGCCUUAUUAAGUUCUCCAUCAUGAUACACUUGGCUGUAAUUGAACGUCCAAUCACCUUGGACAGUAACAGAGAAAUCAAGCGUGAAGUGGACGAAUGGAAAAGAAGAAUGGCACGCCCAACAAAUCUCGAACAAAUGCCACUAGAUGUUCAGGAGAUUGUCGAGAAACAUUUCAAACAACGCGAAUUCAAACAAGCAACCAAUCUCGUUUCGGUUCUUCGUAAACCAACUGGCCAACAACGUAAAAUUCAUUUCUCAGAACAUCACAUUGAAACGCAGAUCCAAAGUGAUACACCCGUAACAAAACGCUUACGCUCAUGUCGGUGA